UAAUCAAUUGCCAGGUUAAACAAUCGCUAUUAUGAUGCAAUGUAUUCACGUGUGAAUCCCUACUAUUUCGUAAUGAAUAUUCUGCUUGGCUGGGGAAAAUAUUGUAAAUGAAAUAUGGGAAAAGAAUUAAGCAGCGCUCCUUCUAGAACAGAUUUUUGUUGAUUAUACUAACUUUUUUUAUUUGUCUCUUCGAUUACAGCAGCGAAGAUUUAGAAUGAUUUCAGACGAAAAGGCAGGAUAUUGUUUGUUCAUCUGUAUUCUAAUGCUGGGAUAGAGGGAGCCUAAACCAAACUCGCGUUAGCAAAAAAUAGUAAUAGCUUAGGCUCUCAAGAAAUAUGCGUAUCGAUUGUUGGUAGGAAAGGUCUUUCUAGUGGGGAUUUUUUUCAGCCGUUGCUGUGAACUGAGCUAAAUAUGGUUCCUAAAUUUUAUGUAUACUCGCGCACCACUUUUUGGUUUAUGCAGAGUUCUCGUACCACUUACAUACAAACUACUGAAGGCUCGUGAAUGUUUCAAAAAAAGUCGCCUGAUUAUUUACAAAAUUUUUCGGCGUUCACAACACAAACUUGGCACUGCUUUUGUCAAGUUGUGUGUAAAAUAAAUGUAAUUUGCCAAAUAAAGAGGGUAACAGGCUGUAAUAAACAACCUAAAUAUGUUCCAGAAGAAACACUGCUGUGUAUUUAACUCCUUAGGGACGAGUAAUUUAAAUAUGCAUUUUGACACAAGGGUCUACAAAAAUCUCUAUAACUUUAUCUGUGAUUGGGGUAAAUCCCUAGGACUGGCUUUGUUCGAAAGAUGAUGCAUUUUCCGUUCUUUCUAGCUAUUAAAAAUAUAGCGUUACUAUUUGAAAAUUUUGAUUAAUUUUCACUGAAACAUCAACAAUUAAAAUGUGAAGAAUGGUAAAGAUUUGCCUGGAAAGGCUUGUUUUACCGCCAAUUUUCGUGCAAGUUGCUAAUAAUAAUGUAUUUAUGACCCUGCUACUAUCCGUUCUUAGCUGCUUGCCGCAGUUUUUGCAAAAACUAUGUUUUCAUGCAAACUAGAUGACCUCUGAUUUGAACUGUUGUAGAUUGAUUUGAUGCGAGUAAUUUUGAUAUUUUUUUGGCUUUUUUAGUAUUAUUUUGUUGUUCUGUCUUGUAUUUAUAUUGUUUUUUGUGUAUUUACCGCCUCAAAUAAUGUUUACUGUGCGCACCUUUUCUGUCGAAGAGGCAGCUGCGAUAUGUUGUGAUGUCGAUUCGUGUGACGAAAAUAUGAGUUUGUCUGAAUCAACAUACGAUUCAUGUGAGAGUGAUGACUUUAUCGAACCAAUACUUACUGCAUCACCUUCAACCUCUGCAAAUAUCCAGCCUGUAAGUGUUCAAGAUCAAGAGGUAUCCAGUACGGACAGUGAUGUCAGUUCAGCAUGUGCCCAACCGGUUCACCCAAAAAGAGCAAAAAUGACCAAGGUGAAAACGAACAGAAAAAGACCCAAGGUAACAAAUACAUCUAACAUUCCUCAUGACCUGCAGGAUUUUAACUGGGAGCCUGUAAACAAUAGUUUUGAAACAAGUUUCAUACCCCAGUCAUCAAGCUUUAGUGAAACAUCAGGUUACUGUGGUGAUUUAGUUUUGGCAGACUCUACUCCUCUAGAUUUACUUGGACUUUUCCUUACUAAUGAAUUUUGGCAACUAUUAGUGGAAGAAACUAAUAGAUAUGCGGAGCAGUAUCUUCAAAAGCAAACUGACGAGCUGCCAAAAUUUUCCAAGUUCAGGAAAUGGAGUCCUGUUACACAUGCAGAUAUAAAAGCAUAUUUUGCCAUGAAUUUGCUUAUGGGUCUGUGUUCAAAGCAUUCGAUAAAAGACUACUGGUCCAUGUAUUCUUAUACAAAUACAGCUGGCAUAUCAAGUCUGAUGCCAAGAGACUGUUUCCAAUCAAUUCGUGCCUUCCUACAUUUCAACAACAAUGAGAAUUACAUUCCAAGAGGACAACCCGGCCACGACAGAAUUUUUAAAAUAAGAAAUAUUGUUGAAUUAGUAACUAAAAAUUUUUCAAAGCAUUACACCCCGCAUAAAGAAUUAUCAUUGGAUGAGAUGACAAUUGCGUACAAAGGAGGGAGUAGCAUAAAGCAAUACAAUCCAAUGAAGCCUAAAGUGUUUGUCCUCAGUGAAGCAAGGACGGGAUAUGCACUCCAAUGGGACCUGUACACGGGUAAAUCCGAGGAUGUGGACAGCAGUGUUAGUAAAACACAUGCUAUUGUAAGAAAACUGAGUCAAGAAUAUCUACAUAAAGGCCAUGACAUCUACAUGAACUCAUACUACACGAACCCAUAUUUAGCUAACGAGCUCAGCAAACUCAAACAGGUGUUUGUGGCACCAUAAGUGCAACAAGAAAAGGAAUGCCUGAAUCGUUAAA